AUGUCCACAAUGAAAGCUCUGGUCUACACGGGAAUCGGGAAGGUCGAACAGCUUGAUCGGCCCAAGCCGACUAUUCAAGACCCCACCGACGCCGUUGUUCGUCUUCUCCAUGCUUCGAUCUGCGGCACCGAUCUACACAUUCUCAAGGGCGACGUGCCGACCGCUCAACCUGGUCUUAUACUUGGUCACGAGGGCGUGGGCGUGAUCGAGUCCGUCGGCGCCACAGUGCAGGGACUCUCGGUGGGCGACCAAGUCUUGAUCUCCUGUGUGACUUCAUGCGGUGCCUGUCAGUUUUGCCAACGGGGUCUGCCGUCGCACUGCACCACCGGCAGCUGGAUCUUGGGUAACAAGAUCGAUGGCACGCAAGCCGAGUAUGUGCGAGUACCUCAUGCAUCACUCUCUCUGCAUCGACUGCCCGCCUCGAUCAACCUGCGUGCUGCACUUGCCCUCUCCGACUCACUCCCCACGGCUCUAGAAUGUGGUGUGCUCAGUGCAAAUGUGCAGCCCGGUAGUUCGGUGGUGAUCAUUGGGGCCGGUCCGGUUGGGAUGGCUGCAUUGUUAACUGCACAACUGUAUUCUCCAUCGCUAAUAGUCAUGGCGGAUCUGGACGAGUCGCGACUUGCAACCGCAAAGAAACUCGGUGCAAAUGCCACGAUCAAAUCCUCGGCUUCGGACACGCGAGAGCAGCUGCUGGCAUUGACGAAUGGGUAUGGGUUUGAUUCAGUCAUUGAAGCCGUGGGCAUCCCGGCCACAUUUGACCUUUGUCAGGAUCUGGUGGCGGUGGGCGGACGCAUUGCCAAUGUUGGCGUGCAUGGCGUGCCUGUCCAACUUCACCUGGAGAAGUUGUGGGAUCGCAACAUCAGCAUUCACAUGUCGCUGGUUAAUGCGACCACUACUCAACGUCUCCUGAGACUCCUCAACGCCGAUAAGCUAGACAUUAGCUCGCUGGUGACCCAUCACUUCCCGUUCAGCCAAGGCCUUGAAGCGUACACCACAUUCCGAGCCGCCGCAGAUCAUCAGGCACUCAAGGUUGCCAUUGACUUUUGA